AUGAUCGAAGGCUUGCUCGAGCACGGUCUAUUGACGACGGUUGAGGCGAUCGUGUUCGUGAGGCUUGACUGGCGCGAGUCUGAGACGCUUCCCUUUCAUCUGGCGGAGCCUUCUGCGGAGGUGGAAGCCCACUUCAAGCAUGCCGACCUCCGUACGGCAGUUGCUCAAUACUUGACCCUUGGUUUGAUUGCUCUCGGCGUACCAGGUGAGAGGCAUGAAUGCCGCCAUCCCCCAUAG